CUCUUAAUUAUUUUGGUUUAUAGAAGUUUGUUAAAUCAUUAUGAAUCAUACAUGUUCGCAGUGCAACUUUUCCGCAAAUUUCGAAAGCGCAUUAGCGAUGCACCAUCAGUUGCACCAUGAGAACGACUACAAUGCUGCCGACUUCCCGGUCAUCAACCUGCCUGUACAAAAAUGCAACUCAGUGCCCCGUGACAUGUCUCCGUCGUCAAGUUUCAGAAGCAACAAGGGCAUGAGACUAACUAGCAGGACCUCAUCAGCUACGAAGAUACUGGGCCGUCUUCGAGCAAGAAUAUGCAAGAACAAGGCCCUUUUCUCUCAUCCGGAAGAGCCAAUUGUGGUUAGUAAUAGCUAA